UUUCGUUUUUGCACCCAACUGGCAACACUGCCACGUUUUUGAUGGGUAGCGAAUGUGUAUAAACAAUUGCAGCUUUCUUUCGGAUCAAUCGCGCGCCUUUCACGCUUCAUCAAAAUUGUUAUUAAAGUGUAUCGAUGGAUAUAACCAAGAAAAACUUUAUCGAGCAGCUGCCAUCGAUUCGCGAAACAAUUCGGAAUGCAACGUUCUUUGCGAUCGAUUGUGAGUUUACCGGGCUGGCCUCCGAUCGGACCAUCUUGCCGUUCGAUACACCGGAGGAGGUGUAUUUGAAAAUGGUCGAAAACAGCCCACAGUACAUCAUCAUUCAGUUUGGACUGUGUGCGUUUCGCGUUGAGCCGCCAGAGGCAGGGCAGACGGCAGGGCAGACGGCAGAGGCGAAGGAAGGGGGGGAAGACGAUAAGGAGCAGGGGAAGGAUACCGAACCGCGCGUAUCGUACAAAUGCUACAACUUCUACUGCUAUCCGAAGGGCCGCACAAACGUGUUCAGUUGUCAGGGAGAAAGCAUGCGCUUCCUCGCCGACAAUGGGUUCGAUUUCAAUCGGCUCUUCCGUGAAGGACUUUCGUACGCAAACGAAAUCGAUGAGCAGCGGUACAGGGCUGACCUGAAGGAGCGCCAGGCAUCGCGUGCAGCCACCAUACUGGCCGCAGCGGAGGAAGAAUCGAAUGAUGAAGAACCCAAAACGGCGGCAGGGGAACUGCCCACGGACGCGAUCCCAGUGCCUUUCGAGCUUCAGCAACAGGUGGACGACACGGCGGCCAGUAUUGAGGAGUUCCUGCAGUCGGACCGCUCGGAGCUGAUCGUCGGUAAGUGUAAUGCGUUCCAGCGGAAGCUCAUCUACCAGAUGAUAGAGCAGCGCUUUCAGCGCAAAGUUUCCACCUCGACCGUGUCGUUGGAAAGCAAUCAGAAGGCCAUUAAGGUGGAGCGGAAGCGUACCUACGAGGAGGAACAGGCGUUGGACGAUCAACGCCGAGAGCGGGAGAACGAGGAUCUCCAGAUGAGCAUCGGAAUGUCGCUGGUGCUGCAGGAGCUGUCCAAAGCGCGCAAGUUCAUCAUUGGCCACAAUAUGCUGCUCGAUUUGUUCUACGUGCUACGCCAAUUCUUCAAGCCUCUGCCGGCCGACUAUCAGGAGUUUAAGAAGAUAACGAAGGAGUGCUUCCCGCUGCUCCUCGAUACAAAGUACCUGUGUACGAACGCAGAAAUCAAGGAGCACGUAAACUCGUCCGUACUGGCGCACGUGUACGAUGCGGUUAGCAGGGCUCCCUUUUCAAUCCCCACGGUACACCCCGAGCUGCCCGACCAUCAGUACAGUGUCGACGAUGAGAAGAAGCACGAGGCCGGAUACGACGCGUACCUUACCGGGCUGUGCUUCCUCGGGCUGGCCAGCAAGUUCAAGGCUGAUCUGUUGCACCUGCACAAGGACACCACGUUGAGGCAUUAUAUGAACCGAAUAUUCAUUACCCGGCUGAACGAUGUCAACUACAUCUAUCUGAAUGGAAAAGAGCCCGCACAAACACGGGAACACAUUUUCUACAUCACCUUCCCGGACGCUUGGCGCACGAGCGAUAUCCAAAGCAAAUUUAAACCGUUCGGUUCGGUCUACGUCUGCUGGGUGGACAGUACAUCCGCCUUCGUGUCGCUGCACAAUCGCGUGGCGGCAAGUUCGGUGCUGAAAACGAUUGGCUACCACGCCGGCUUCAAAGUGUACAGCUUCGCACAGUUUACGCAGAUGAAACUGCAACGCCCUGCUGCUAAACGAGGACGAAUCGGUUCGAGUAGUCCUGUCGCCGGAGCUCCAGCAGGAGUACGACACGCACAACCAGUCGAUCAGCCGGGCGGGCAAGAAGAAAAAGGACAAAAAGAAGGCCAACAAAUAGGUCGCGCGGCCGGAGCGUCCGGCAAGCGGAAGGGAACAACGGACGAGGAGCCGCCAACGAAGCCGACAGCCGCCGAAGCCGACACAACGGGCGACAACGGUAAUGUCGAUCGGGAUGGUGGUGGCGGCGGUGGUGGUUGGAAGACCGUUAAAAAGGCACGCAAAACCUUCGCCGACAACAACGAUUGGUGAGAGAAUCUGGUGCGCUACAACUCUAUGUGUCUGUGUCUCACAUCCACAAGCGCCACAAUUAAUGCAUUUUACCCGGACAACACGGAACUGACUGACGGUCGGUCUGCACUGCACACAAGGCUCUGCUUUCGUGUCACAGAGCGCUCGACGCAAAGACUGUAGUGUGAUAAAUGUAUAAAUUAACCAGCACUC